CGCUGCCAGCGCUCGGCCAUGGCCCGGGACCGCGGUCCCCCCGUUCUGCCCGCCCCAGCUGCCGCCUUCCCCGCCGCUCUCCCGGCCGAGGCCCGCGGCUGGGGCUGGCUGGGAGCGGGGCUGUGGCCGGCGCUGGUGGUGGGGCUGCUGGCCGCGCUCCUGGCAUGGUUCUGGUACGGCGGAGGAGACGAGGAAGGCGGCGGAGGAAGCCCACGGGGGACCCCACGGGAGGCGGCAGAGGCGGCGGCCACAGAUCUCCUGGGGAGCGGUGGGCAAGUGCGGGCGGAGGGCAAAGCUGGAGCCCUGCGCGGCUCUAGGCAGCCAGGAGAGGAUGGGGUGGCUGCGAGGAGGGAAGAGCUCAACCAUGUUCCGAGCGGUGGAGUUUCGGGAGAAGCUCUGAAGAGGGAGGAGCUGCUCUCCAAGCAAGGUGCCGGCGGGUUGCAGGGGCAGGCAAGCAAACGGAGACCGCAAACCGGAGAGGCAAGUGAUGGGUGGUGUGUGAUGGACUUGGCGGGAGCCUUCGGUGAUGUUGGUAAGGAGAGGAGUGAGCAGCAGUCUGGUCAGCCAGCUGAGAGCAGGGACUUGGACCAUGAAGAGUGGGAGGUUAUUUCUGACCACCUGGCCUGGGGGGAGGCUGGUAAGAACGGCAGCGUGGAAGACUCUGAGAGCAAGGAACUGGAACAAGGAGACUGCCCCGAUGGGGACUCCAAAGCAAAGAGGGUUGCAGCUGUGCCUCCCAUGUUCCAAAAUAUCCACGUGACUUUCCGUGUCCACUACAUCACCCACUCUGAAUCCCACCAGAUUGGUAUCACUGGUGACCACGAGUGUCUUGGCCAGUGGCACAGCUAUGUCCCCCUCAAGUAUGACAAGGAUGGCUUCUGGUCUGCAUCCGUUGCUCUGCCAGUAGACACCAGAGUAGAGUGGAAAUUCAUCUUGGUGGAGAAUGGGAAGGUGAGACGUUGGGAAGAAUGUGGGAACAGGACCCUACUGACUGAACAUGAAGAUCAAACUGUUCAUCGGUGGUGGGGACACCAUUAAUGUCCCACCACCAUUAAUGGGAUUUUGGAAGCUACUGAUUAAAUGGCAAACCAGCUUAGAUGAAUCACAGAGCCCCUAAACUUCACCCCUUCUUCAGUAGAAGACCUUUGUAAGUGCAGAGCUCUUUAAAUUCUGUAUCAGUCCUGGUUAAACUCUGCGAUCUGCUCUGCCAUCCCCUUUAGGAGAUCAUUGGGCAACCUAAAAAAAUGAACUUCAAAUGUGUUCUGAAGAUGUGCAAGGUAGGCUAUGAAGGCAUGAGCAGCAUUCCAAGCAGCUUCCCUGCCCAGGGAAAGGUGGACCCUGGACUUGUGUUUGUGUUGCUUUGAGCUGGGGCUAUGGGAUGCAUCUUUGGGCUUAGGGCUUUUGGAGCAUUCUGGGCAGUGUGGGUACUUCCACUGUAGUAGGAACUUCAGUGUUUUAACUUGUGUAUUAAGUAAAUAAUAAACACUUUCAGCCUGACAGUCCCUGACA